CGAUGUUGAUUGUUGUUCUUGGGCGCAGACGCUGUGUCCAGCGAGUCGGCCUUCCUGGAGGACUUCGUCCUGGGCGUCGGGGACACCCUGGAGAUGGCAUGCGACCCCGAGGAGGACUCGGCCCGGCCCGCCGUUUGGUACAAGGACGGCGGGGUGCUCUCGCCUAGCGAGCGCACGCGGCCCGGACCGAGGAUGCUGCGCAUCGUCAACGUGUCGUACGAGGACUCGGGCGUGUACGCCUGCCGACUGGCCCGCAAUAACAAGCUGCUCAGCAACUACACCAUCAGGGUGACAGAUUCUCUGUCAUCCGGUGAUGAUGAAGAUUAUGAUGAAGAUCCCGAAGAUGCAGGUAAUGGCAAUGAAGCUCCGUACUGGACCAGACCGGAGCGGAUGGACAAGAAGCUCCUGGCGGUGCCUGCCGCCAACACGGUCAAGUUCCGCUGCGCGGCGUCGGGCAACCCCACGCCCACCAUCCACUGGCUCAAGAACGGCAAAGACUUUAAGGGAGAGCAGCGCAUGGGCGGCAUCAAGCUGCGGCACCAGCAGUGGACUUUGGUGAUGGAGAGCGCCGUGCCGUCGGAUCGCGGCAACUACACGUGCGUGGUGCACAACAAGUACGGCACCAUCACGCACACCUACCAGCUGGAUGUGCUCGAGCGCUCCCCGCACAGGCCCAUCCUGCAGGCAGGCCUGCCGGCCAACCAGUCGGUGGUGGUGGGCAGCGACGUGGAGUUCCACUGCAAAGUCUACAGCGACGCCCAGCCGCACAUCCAGUGGCUCAAGCACAUCGAGGUCAACGGCAGCCGCUUCGACCCCGACGGCGGACCCUACGUCAAAAUCCUCAAGACGGCGGGUAUUAACACCACGGACAACGAACUGGAGGUGCUCCUGGUGUCCAACGUGUCUUUCGAGGACGCCGGCGAGUACACUUGCCUGGCGGGGAACUCUAUCGGCUUUUCUCACCACACUGCUUGGCUCACGGUGCUUCCAGCAGCGAGCCCGGAGAAGGAGGACUACUACGCCGACAUCCUGAUCUACGUGACGGGCUGCGUUCUCUUCAUCCUGGCCGUGGUCAUCGUGGUCCUGUGCCGCAUGCGCAUGAGCGCGCAGAAAACGCUGCCCGAGCCGCCCGUGCAGAAACUCUCCAAGUUCCCCCUCAAGAGACAGGUAACAGUGUCCUUGGAUUCCAACUCGUCCAUGAACUCCAACACGCCGCUGGUGAGGAUCGCCCGGCUGUCGUCCGGCGACGGGCCGAUGCUGGCCAACGUGUCGGAGCUGGAGCUGCCCGCCGACCCCAAGUGGGAGUUUUCCAGAGCGCGGCUGACCCUGGGGAAGCCUCUGGGCGAGGGCUGCUUCGGCCAGGUGGUGAUGGCCGAGGCCAUCGGCGUCGACAAGGAGAAGCCCAACAAGCCGCUGACGGUCGCCGCCAAAAUGCUGAAAGAUGACGCCACGGACAAAGAUUUGUCCGACCUCGUGUCCGAGAUGGAGAUGAUGAAGAUGAUCGGAAAGCACAAAAACAUCAUCAACCUGCUGGGAGCCUGCACGCAGGACGGUCCGCUCUACGUUCUGGUGGAGUACGCCUCCAAAGGCAACCUGAGGGAGUACCUGAGGGCGCGUCGGCCGCCCGGCAUGGACUACUCCUUCGACACCUGCAAAAUCCCCGACGAGCAGCUGACUUUCAAAGACUUGGUGUCCUGCGCCUACCAGGUGGCCCGAGGCAUGGAGUACCUCGCCUCGCAGAAGUGCAUCCAUCGAGACUUGGCGGCCAGGAACGUCCUGGUGACGGAGGACAACGUCAUGAAGAUCGCCGACUUCGGGCUGGCCAGAGACGUGCACAAUCUCGACUACUACAAAAAGACCACCAAUGGUCGUCUCCCCGUCAAGUGGAUGGCACCGGAGGCUCUCUUCGACCGGGUCUACACUCACCAGAGCGACGUGUGGUCCUACGGGGUGUUGCUGUGGGAGAUCUUCACCCUGGGGGGGUCACCGUACCCGGGCAUCCCCGUGGAGGAACUCUUCAAGCUGCUCAAGGAGGGACACCGCAUGGACAAACCCGCCAACUGCACGCACGAGCUGUACAUGAUCAUGCGCGAGUGCUGGCACGCCGUGCCGUCGCAGAGGCCCACCUUUCGCCAGCUGGUGGAAGAUCACGACCGCGUUUUGUCCAUGACGUCCACCGAUGAGUACCUGGACCUGUCGGUUCCACUGGAGCAGUACUCGCCCACGUGCCAGGACUCCACCAGCACGUGCUCUUCGGGCGACGACUCGGUGUUCGCCCACGACGCCCCGCCCGACGAGCCCUGUCUUCCCAAGCAGCUGCCCCCCGCCACCAACGUCCCCGUUCACGCAUAAAACCUCAGAUGCGGGGUGGGGGUGGCUCGCGCCGGGGAACACCCCGGCCCGCCUCCCCGACCCCUCCCGAUAAUCACCUCACCUCACCGAGUGCACCCGGAAGGAUGUUAAAAUCCUUCCGCUGGGCUCGGGAAACUUUGAAGGAAUCUUUUUCUUUUUUUUUUUUUUUUUUUUUUAAAUCACAAAGUUUAUUUUUCUACACGGCCAGUCUUUUGUUACGGACAAUCUGCGGGACGGGAAAAAAAAUGGGAAAUGGGGGCGGGGUAACCAUUCUGUGCCUACAAAGAUGGAAGCUCCCGGAUUGCGGAAAUCUUCCAAAGGUCGGACUCGACGUUCUUCCAGUCCUCCAACGAGUCGGCCUCACUCACGAGUUCCCUGAAGACAGUCUCGUGGAAAUCGAAACAAAGAGGCGUUCGAUUGUCAUCUAGCAUCCUAAACUGAAAAAAAAAAAAAAAAAAAAAAGACACUGUUGUCGACGAAAUGUUUGAAGUCUAUGAAAUAAUGAAAGUGUAUAUUUGUAAAGGUAUUUAUAGCUGGACAGGCAUUGGCUGGAAGCGGCGCACCAAAACACUCGCGGAACUUAUUUGAAGUCGGGCCCACCGUCGCCCAUCUUGGUUUCCACAAACACAUUUGAAGGACACACUGGCAAAAAAAAAAAAAAAAAAGCAACCAAAAAAACUGUCAUUUUACUCAAAAAGAAAUGUUGGAAAGGCACAACAACCGUAAAAAAAUGAAGACGAUGCAGUGGUGAAGUUUCCAGGGGGGGGGAAAGUCAAGUUGAAGAAAACGGCAGAAAUUUACCAGAUUUGUUUUUUGUUCAGUUUAACUUGUGAGAAUUUUUUUUCACAUUACAGGGG